AUAGUUAAAUGUGAUCCAAGUGAUCGUUGCUGCCGCCCAACUGGCAUUGUCAAAAAGACAGCCAGAUACACAGGGUAUAGUACACCUAGGACGGAACUCAGAAUCGAGCUCUCCAGAACACAUUCAAAAACGGGACAAAAUCCAGAAAAAUUGUUGUAUACCUUUUCUUCUCUUUUGGCAUUCGGCUCUCUAACCUUGUUUCUCGUAAGUUUCAACCAAGAAGUGAUAGAUAUUAGCGGAGUCACAGGAAAAGCAGGAGAUCGAAUGAGAUAUCUAUAAUAAUCGAAGGAAAUUCUAAGAAAUCUGGGAAGUUUGGAGGUAUAUUUCGAAUAAAUCAAGGGGAAUAAACUUACUCAAAAGGAGGAAGAACGAGCCAUCUCUAAAUUCCUAGUGUUGACAGAAGACCACAAAAAGAAGCCACCAUGAGCAAAGGACAACGGCAGGAUUUGAAGUAUCAGAAGCAAUUGAAUUUGGUGGACAAAACACUGCCCAUUUCGGUGGCCACUGCACCGCAGUUACGCGCUCGCCGGCAAUUCAGUUUCAAUGGGCUGCAGUACGAGAUGAGUGGGUUGCUACCAUUGCCUCCGCCGCCGCAGAGGCAGCUUUCGAGGCUGAGGGCAGGUGGGGGAGGUGGUGGCUCCCAGGAGAGAAUGGGGACUGGUGUCUCCAGUCACUCUGUGGCCAAAUCAAAAAUUGAAUCCGCUGGCGGAGAUGGUGGUGCCUCGCGGCCGGAGCAAAAGGGAGUCCAGCCCAAGCGGGUGACUUUGGGCGACAGAGCCUCGCUGAUGAACGGAGGCGUGCGGAUGUCCAGGAGACCAGAGUUGGACUUUUCCAAGGUAAAACCUACAGAUGAGAAAUCUAACUUCAACAUUUCCAUCUCAACUGAUUGGCAAAACAAGGAAGAAGAGCAUGAAGAUCCUCCAGAGAAAAAACAAGAUCGAGAACUGUUCAAGCGGGAAAAGAAGUCGCAUCGCAAGCGCAAAUCGAUUCAGCUGGAGGACAGCAGUAAGUGCUCCGAGGAUCAGACCAGUGGCCUAACCUCUCAGCAGAGCUGGAUGUUGGCCCAAUCCCUGCUGAGGGCCUAUGGAAGCGAACUGAUUCAACCGACGACGGGCGACGGAGUGAUCUCCAAGAUGGAUUACAUCACGCUUACCGGUUUGGUGCUCGGCUGCGUGGUCUCCCAUGCCCUUUUCUUUCUUUGCUGGUACUUUAGCUGGCUGAAAAACCAGGCGGUGGGUCUACGUAAACGUUUCUUAGGCAAUGCCAAUCUGUGGGAGUUCUUCGACAUGGAGGACACCAGCCGGUAUUCGGUGCAAACCAAACUAGUGCUAGCACCACUGAUUCUCCUCUGCGGACUGCUCUACUGUGUGGUCAACAUGCUGCAUCUGGUGGUGCAGGUGGUGCGAUCGGAUGUGCCGCGCACAGUGGUUGUGUUUGUCCAGCGGGUGGCGAACAGUGGGCUGCUGGGCACCAUAACCAUGGGACUGGCCGGUGGCGGAGGAGCUUUCCGCGGACGCCAGAAGCCAGAGAUGCUAUAAGAAGUACUAAGGAAAGCCAGCUCCGAAGGUUCUCAUGCCAGAGAUCUAAGUCGAUCCCACAUCCACCAUCCUAGUUAAUCCUAGUUGUUCAUGUGUUGGUAGUUUAUUAAUAAAAAAAACUACAAAUUUGGGUCA